AUGGCAAACAACGAGCCAUUCUACUUGCGCUACUACUUCUCCGUCAUUCACAUCUGGGCCAUCGCUAAUCCCAUCACAGCUCAGGCCACUCCGUUUGACUUCCGUGCCUUGGGCGAUGGCCGCUCGGCUUCGGCGCGUUAUGCCAACAACUCCAACUACCGCAACGACUCGUUGAUUCGCAAAGAGAUAUUGACAUCGACAAUCCAAAGACGCAUGGUUUAUUUAAUGCUGCUACAGNNGGAAGACGACACCAAGUGGCCGCAGAAGAACAAGGACGGUAGGCAGGAACUUGAGAUUCGCCUGGGCAAUGAGCACAUUUCAUUCGAGGUCUUUAUUCUUAGCUACUCUUUCCGGCUCACUAUACUGAUGCAUCAUUACAGNACAGCCAAGAUCGGAUCUCUCGUCGACGUCAACGAAUCAGAGGAUCCCGAAGGCCUUCGUGUCUUCUACUACCUUGUGCAAGAUCUCAAGGCACUUGUCUUCUCAUUGAUCGCUCUUCACUUCAAGGUGGGUCCAGGAUUCCUGUUGUAUCAUGCGGCGUCGUUACUCACAAAUUCACAGAUCAAGCCUAUCUAA